UGCUAAAUUGUUUCGUCAUGACAGCAGAACGACGUGGUUGGUUGAACGUCACAUACGUAAUGUGAGACGCGACGCAAGCAAAGAAGGAUCUUCCGGUAUCAACACUUGAUCAGAUGGUAGUGUCAAGGAGGUUUUUAGUUGACUGAUUCGGCCAGGUAGACUAUUACAUGAACGCAAAGGGACGGUUACCAAAAAGACUUAUGAGUGUUGAAAGAUGGCGUUUCUUUUUCCAGUAUCAUUGCAAGAGGACAAGUCAAGACUGGUUGUGAGAAAUUGGAUACUUGCAUGCUAAAAACAGAUCAGUAGUCUGUCUGACAGACAAUAAGACUUUGUUCAGCUAGCUAAUCCUACUUAAUGUUAGUAGCUACAGAAUGGCAAUACCUAUAUGUUUCUGUGCUAAAAUCCACACUUAAUUUUCAAGCUGUUUUUUGUCGUGUCGAGUUUCAAUGACCUGAGUUAUUUUCUGUGUAGCCUUGUUAUUUGAUACGCACGAUUUACUUCUAACCUUCUUGUCUCAAGGAUAACACCAUCCAUUUUAAAGGAGGACUGACCAUUAACUAAGGUAGGCUAAACUAGAGAGUCGUGUUUAUCUGUCAUAUAGGCAGUUUUAUUAAAUUGGGUGCAGGGAACAUGCAGUAGCUAGCUGUCGUUGUUCAUAAGGUCCAGCAGAAUAAUGAAAGUCACCUCGGCGAAAAAGAAGCCAUUCUCCCACAAGAGGAAUGGGAUAACAGGCAACAAAGACAAUCUUGAAGUGCUUGUGAAGUUAGAACGCUUGCCUCAAGUAGAUGAACUUGUCGAGUGCAAAACCAAACGCCCUGGAUACACAGAGGCUAGUGCUGGCUGUAGCCUUUCUGACAGAGUCCAAAUUAAAGAAGAACCAAGUCACGAUGAAACGCAGUCAAUCAAAGAAGAGGCGACAUCUGCAGAGCCCUGUCCUUCGGAACCUGUCUUUCCCAAGCAAGAACCGGGCUGCGAGACGUGGGCUAUGCAAAUAAAAACAGAGCCAGAAUCUGACUUCGAGAUCUCACCGUCAGGAGAGGAAGAUCUAAGCCCUGUUAAGCGAGAGGAUGAAGACAUCAAGCUGGAGGCAUCUGAGGAUGGUAAAGCCUCGGAUACAGUCCACUCUGGUCAGUUCUUCCCGUGUCCACACUGCUCCAUGUCCUUCACCGAUUGCUCCUACCUGGACAAGCACCUGAAGUGGACCCAUCAGCUGGAGUACCAUGCCCUGCUGGAGAAGCAGGCGGCGGAGGAGCCAGAGGGCCUCCGCCAGAUGGUCCAGUGCCCCGACUGCAGUAGCCGCUUCUUCACCCUGCGCCAGCUUCAGGCCCACGAGCGUCAGGCGCACCCCAAGCCCCUGGAGCCGCCGCCCCGCAAGCGCCACACCUGCCCACAGUGCGCCCGCUCCUUCCACUACCUGGCCAGCCUCCAGAAGCACUGUCGGCGCUGGCACCGGCUGCAGACGGUCAGCAGCGACGGGCAGCUGAGCUGCGCCCGCUGCGGGAAGAGCUUCGCCGGCACGUGGGGCCAGGGCCCGCACCACUGCCCGCCGCCAGGAGCCCCGGCCGAGCCGAGAGACGAAAUGGACGACGCGAAGGCGGACAGCGAGGGUCCGGCCACGAGGAGCCCUGAUUGCAAGGAGCUGCUCUUCCGGUGCCCCAGCUGCGGUAAGGGCUACCGGACGGUGCAGAGCAUGCGCGUGCACGCGCGCUCACACACCGGCGAGCGGCCGUGCGUGUGCUCGGACUGCGGUCGGCGCUUCGCCGACAACAGCAGCCUGCACAAGCACGCGCGCAUCCACACGGGCCUCAAGCCCUUCGCCUGCCCGCACUGCGCCAAGCGCUUCGGCCGCAUGACGCACCUCAACUCGCACCUGCUCACGCACACGGGCCUCAAACCCUUCCCGUGCGGCCAGUGCGGCCACAGCUUCAGCCACCGCACCGAGCUGCGCAACCACCUGCGCAGCCACUCGGGCGAGAAGCCCUUCCGCUGCGGCGACUGCGGCAAAGGCUUCGCCGUCAUGGGAAACCUCCGUGUGCACCAGCGCACGCACAGCCAGGAGAAGACGCACCAGUGCGGCGAGUGCGGAAGGCAGUUCGCCGACGCCAGCGUGCUCAGGAAGCACCUCCGCGUGCACACGGGCGAGCGUCCGUACCACUGCACGGCCUGCGGCAAGCGCUUCACGCGCGUGGCCCACCUGAAGAACCACCAGCGCACGCACACCGGCGAGCGGCCGUACGCCUGCGGCGAGUGCGGCAAGAGCUUCGCCCAGUCCGGCGACCUCACCAAGCACCGGCGCACGCACACGGGCGAGAAGCCCUACGCGUGUCCCGACUGCCCACGGCGCUACAACAACUCCGGCGACCUGGGCAAGCACCGCCGCAGCCACACGGGCCAGAGGCCCUACACCUGCCAGGAGUGCAGCAAGGGCUUCCUCAUGGUGCACCACCUCAAGACCCACAUGCGCACGCACACCGGCGAGAGGCCGUACCUGUGCCCGCACUGCCCGCUCACCUUCAGCCGGGCACACCACCUGAGUGGGCAUGUCCGCAAAAGCCACUGAGGGACGAGUGGCUGGCCAAGAGCAGCGGUUAUCCUGAUGUUACGGACACCCAAGGACGGAAGAACAGAGAAAUGCAUCCUAUUUGGACAGAUUCAAGACUGUGUGUUAAAUGCACCCUUCAGUAGGUUAUGACUGACACUAAUACCACUGAAAUAAACUUAAACAACAGUGACAAUUAAUCCAUGAAGUGAUCACUGACUAGAUUGCUGAUAAGCAAUUUCACUGUCCGUUGCUGACCAUCACUGACCGUCCAUUGCCAUUGUAGUAGGGCAUUGGUAGCUUAGGAUGUAGAGGAGUCGUCCAGUAACUGGAUGAUUACUGGUUUGAACCCUACUUCUCCUGACCCUGUCAAAAUGUCCUUAAGGAAGACACUGAACUCCAAACUGCUCCCGAUGUACAGGUUGGCCUUGCCUUGCAUGGCAGCCUCUGCCAUCAGUGUAUGAGUGUGUGUGAAUGGGUUUUAAUGUGAGACAUUGUAAAGCGCUUUGAGUGCUCGUAGGAGUAGAAACGCGCUAUAUAAGUGCAGUCCAUUCACAAUUCUGUGUCCUGUCUGAUCACAGAUGUUCUAGGCCUUUCCUAGUCCACUGACGAUGGAAGGUGAGAUUUGGUGGGAUGCCUGUAACGGUCAUCACCAAUGAAAUGGAAAGUGGAUUGAAAAUGUAAAUUCACAGAUUUACGAUGAUUUACAAUGCAGUUACGUAAACUAAGUAGAUUAGGCUUGAGGUCAACUUCCUCACAUUUUUGGUGUUGCUUUUUAUUGCCCAUCGCUGCAUGACAGUGAUCACUUUGAAUACCAAAGUACUGAUUGUUUUAAAAUAUCACAUUUGGAGAUGAUUGUUAAUUUGCCACAUAGCAAGAUACUUUUGACUGACUUAAAGCUUGAUACGUCAGUCAUCCUAGUGAUCAACUGUCAUUUCAUAUACCGUUCACAUGGCUAAAUCCUUAUGAUUAAUGUUGAGAUAUGACAUCCAUGGCUUUGAUUACAGUGUGCUUCAUAUAGCAGGUAGUAUCCAAAUGAUGUGUAAUUUAUUCCUGACAGGCUGGGGUAGAAAGAGAAGUGAUGACUGUGUUAAUUCAUUAAUUAUUUUUAUUGUAUCUAUGCUCAUGAAAUUAAUAAAUAUGAAAGGCUGGAAAGCUUUCUGUACAAAC